AUUUGUCAGUUAUGGAACGUGAAAAAACCAAUGAACUGGAAGAAUAUUCGUUCUAAAAUUCCUGAAUUUUGAGCUAACUGAUAAGCCGGUUGUCUAAUCCUAAUUAUUGUAAUCAUUCUUAUUUUAGAGGGAAAAACUAGAUAUUCAAAUCUUUGCGAUACUAUAAACCAUGGCUGACGAAACAAGAGCUGUUGUAAACGAAGAAGAUUUAAAUCAAUUAAAAGAAAGGAUGAAGCUAAUCGUUAGUGCCGAUCCAUCGCAAUACCACAAUGAUUAUUCACUGCGGAGAUACUUGAGAGCAUUUAAAACAGUCAACAAUGCAUUCCAGGCUAUAUUAAAAACAAACAAAUGGAGAGUAGAGUAUGGUGUGAACGAGUUAAGUGAGAAUAAAGAGAUUAUAGAGAAGUAUUCCAACAAAGCAAGGGUACUUCGACACAGGGACAUUAUUGGCAGACCGAUAAUAUACAUACCAGCUAAGAACCAUAGUUCCAGCGACAGAAACAUUGACGAAUUGACUAAAUUUAUAGUCUACUGCUUGGAAGAUGCCAGUAAAAAAUGUUUUGAGGAAGUCAUAGAUAAUUUGUGUAUAGUGUUUGACUUGAAUGGCUUCACACUGUCCUGCAUGGACUACCAAGUGCUGAAGAACCUGAUCUGGUUGCUUAGUCGGCACUACCCGGAGAGACUAGGCGUAUGCCUGGUCACCAAUGCACCAGCAUUCUUCUCUGGAUGUUGGACUGUUAUAAAACAAUGGCUCGAUGAAAAUACUGCCAGUAAGGUUGUAUUUGUAAACUCAGAGAUGGAUCUGUGCCAAUAUCUGAUACCUGAUAUACUUCCUGAUGACAUGUAAAUAACAAACAUAAAACCGACAAAUGCAAUGUUCAAUGGUAUGAAUGUCUAGAUUUAAUCAUACAUGUAUCUUAUAAAUGUAUAUAUUUUAAUAUGACCUUAAGGCAAAUUCACCAAAAAUAAUAGUUAUCCUCAUUUUAUCUAUUGACCAUAAUUAUAUAGAAUAUAUUUGUAAUCAAAUAACAAGUGUAUUAACUGACAUUGAAAUAGUACCUACCUAGUAUAACUCGGUAAUAUAAUAGUUUAAUUGUAUUAAAAUAUUUAAUUGAAUGUCUGUAAACAGUCACCCACCAGAAAGUAUAACUAACUCAGUAUUGAACAAUAUAAUAUUACAAUGCUUCCUUAGAUUUACAUCUGUGUUCAGUUUAGUAUAAACUUUGACAUAAUAUUAGCAGUAGAUUUCAGGUCUUUAUCCAAAAACUUACUUUAUAUUUCUAUUUUUCUUACAACAAGCCUCCGACUUUACACUUCUUGUUUUUCUACACCCACACUGGUCCAUAUUCCUAAAUACGUAGUUAUAGGAGCAAAAUAUUAAUUUUACACAAUUUAAAAUAUUUAGGAUGUUUUGAGUUCUUACCUGCUAGUCACUUUUGUUAGAACCAUCGCCUCAAAUCCUUGCCAUAAUUAUGAAUUAUUAUGUUUAACAUGUCUAACUAGUCUCCUUUUAUAGUAGGUACAAACUUACAAAGUCAUAUUCAAGCUUAUUUUCUUCAAAAGAAAAGUUUUUUUUAGUAUAGAAAAUGAUAUUUGAACACCAAAAAGUCAAUUAAUCAUUAUAAAUGAGAUUUGUUUUAAUAGUCUUUAAUUUCAAAUAUUUUAACAUUAUGAAUUAAACAAUGCUUUAAGUUUAUGCAUUCCAGUUGAUUAGAUUUGUUAUUGAUAGAUUUAUAACUUAAUUUCCAAUGUGUUGAAACCUGUUAGAAGUUGUUUACAAAAGAAACUAUAACCCUUAUAUUGAAUAAGACCAUGUUUUAGUAAAAUAUUGUUGAAUAUUUGUGUCACAAAUACAAAAACUAUUUUAACAACAUGUAGUGAAUCAAAAUCCUGAAAAUGUUACAGGGUGACUUGAUAACGAUAAGAAUUUAUUAGGUUCUUAACUCCUUAUAAUUUAACAUAAAAAUAUUUAUCUAUGUCUAUGUUAAGAAACAUAUAACUUAGGUAGUAGGUAUGUGUCUUCUUAUGUACAAUAAUGCUUAUGCCAUGUCAUGUGUAUUUAUAUGUUAUUUAUUUAUAUGUCAUGUGUAUUUAUAAUACUACUAAAUAACAUAAGUUGUAUUAUUUAAUACAUAAAUCCAAAAAUUUAUAAUAAGUUGUGUUGAACAUCUUGCUUGUCUAAACUAGAAUAGAAAUUAAAUAAAAUAUGAAUGUCUCUCUUUUCUUUUUACUACAAUUUUAUUGUAAAGUCUCACUCACGCAAUGUGGGUACUAACGAUUUUUUUUAAAUUUUAUUUGCAAUUAAAAUACAAUAUUUUGUAAUUAUUUACUCCAUUUUCAUUGUAGGUCGCGCUCGUACUUAUUAUAGUAACGAGAAUUUAUUCCUAAUAAUUAUUUGUUUGUUUAUUGUUCAUAUUAAUUAAUUUUCUGUAGUAAUUACGAACACUUCUAGUACCUGCUAAUGCCAUAUAAUAAAAAUUAGUAAUUUCGUUGCGUGUACCUGUGUACUUAUUCUUAAGUUUUAUUUUGACGUAUCUAUAUAUUACAUAAUAAAUAUGAAUAAAUGGAUAAUCAUCA